UGGGGCAAAUUUUUGACCUGACCUGACUUAAAGUUUCAAGACUCCCUUGAUUACUACUGCUUUCUCUUUUCUUGCACAGUAAAACAAACAGAUAAGAGAGGAAGUAACAACCAUUUCCUGGCCCAUCAAGCACCACAAGAAGUGUGUGUGAUAAGACAAAUGACAUCCCUCAGCCCCGCCAUGGCCUAAAACACCAAGAGUUUAUCGUCUACACACUCCACCUCUCCCUUCCUACGGCCCUCCCUUGGCCUUCUGACUGCCUUUGUGCUCCCUGUUUUGUCGGCUCUCUGCAGCUGUAUUUUCAUCUUACAGUAGUGAACCACCAUCACUCGGGAUGGACUCCGGACCCCCCAACCUGCUGCUGCUGCUGCUUCUCUCCAGCCUGCUGCACUUCUUGCAGUGUGCCGGCGAACAGUCGUUAUUCGUUAUCGAUACAGUUGGCCUUAGGAUCCUACCUAACAACACAGUUCAGAGCGGGACGCCGGUGACCCUACACUGCCAGGUCACCAUCAGUCAUGACAACAUCCCACACCUGACGCACACUUUCCAGUUUCUACGGGAUGAUUCUUCCAUCUACUCCAAUUCCACCACAGCAGACUCAGCCGUGUAUGAACUCGGACCAACUCGGGCAAACGACUCUGGAAACUACGAAUGUCGGGUCACAGUCGAGGGCAAGAGCCAAACCAGCGUCAGCCAGAAACUCUACAUCAUAGGACUGCAGAUUCCAGUACUGCAUUUGGAGAACAGUAGUCCCUAUAUGGGUGAGGAGUUCACGGCCACCUGCAGUGCUCCAGAGGAGAAAGGAUCCCUCCUUUUCCGCUUUUACCAGAGAUUUAGAAGUGGAGAACCUCAGACGAUAAAGCAGCCAGCAACCACUGGGAACUCAUCAGAGACUAAACUGGUCCUGAGGCGGGUUGGGGACAGCUUCCUGUACUGUGACUAUGAGAUACAUUUGGCUUCCGGCACCAAACGCUCCAACCGCAGCAAUGAGAUUCAAGUGAUAGUCAAAGGACUCUACAUUUCCCCGGUCAUGAACGUACUGCCCUCCUCUGAUGUCUAUGAGGGUGACAUAAUAGAAGUGGUUUGUCAAGUAGUGGGUCAACGUACAGACAUUGAAGUAUUCCUAAUUAAUAAGCACAAGAGGAUCCUCAAAAGUGCCCAAAACAGUCUCAAUCAUCGAUUCAGGGUACAAGAAGGCGAUUCUGGUGAGCUGGUGUGCAAGGGAGUGUGGGGCACUGUGCAGGGAGAAACCUAUCACAGCAUCACAGUCAAAGAGCUGAUUUCAAAGCCCCAGCUGACUGUGGAGCCCGUAGACAUAUUUGAGGGAGACGUCUUCAAACUGACCUGCUCUGUCUCUAUUUAUGUUCCUGAGAGGAUCAAAAAUGAAAGCUUGAGAUUCUUCAUCUACAGAGAUAACGUCAAUGUCAGCACUUCAGCGACAUACAUCAGUGCAGCAAACCCUAAUAAAAAUGGCAACUAUACCUGUAAAGUCCAGUCUGCUACCUUUACACACAGUUUUGUAAAGGAAAGCCAAAAACAUGUUAUUAAAACCAAAGUUCCUGUCUCCAAACCUGUGCUGAGUGUGGUGGGGGGUACGCUGGUGUUGGGGAAGCGCUUCCAGCUGCUCUGUCACAGUGAUAAUGGUACUCUGCCCAUCACAUACAUCCUGUACAGCCCUAACGGGCAUUUUGAGAGCAGGGUGGUGAGCAAGCCAGGAGAAUCUGCCAUCUUUAAUUCAUCAGCCAUCUUCAAGAGCUCAGACUUAGACAAGUUUCUUUGCCACGCAAAAAACAAUCAGGACAGACCUCCCAUGGCAGGAUCAGGGUCGCCGCUGCAACGUUCAACCAACAUCAUAGAGCCUGUGUCAGAACCAGUGCUGGCCAUACUCCCGAGCAUGACCGGCAUCUCUGAAGGGCAGAACGUGACCCUUGUAUGCUCUGUUCAGAGAGGCACUCCUCCCAUCAGCUUCUCCUGGCACAACAUGGAGGGUGUUCUCACUUCAGUGACCUCCGAGAAGCUGCAAGAAUCUUUGAACCUCGGCAGUGUCAGACAGGAGCACGCAGGGGGAUACUACUGUGUGAGCACCAACCCAGCCAACGAAACCAAGCAGAGUCACACUGUCGUGAUUGGAGUGACGAUAGCUGGCUGGAAGAAAGGUCUUAUCGCAGUCGUAUGCAUUCUGCUCAUACUGGUGUUGAUCCUUGUUAUCGCCUUUAAAAGACGUAUCUUUCGAUCUAAGAGAAGAGCAACUGGCGUGCUGUCAGUGAAGUCAGCGAGCACCAAAGUGGAGCGGCUGAGCCUCACCCAGGCUGAGGUCAUUGAGGCUGCCAACGGUAAAAGUGUUUGGAGCGAACACGUAUCAGGCUCUGAGUCUGAUGACCAGAACAGUGUGACCGCUGUAGAACCUCAGGACACAGAGGUGCAGACCAGACAGGCAGAUCCGAACAGAGGUGUUCCAGAGCAGACUGACUGCGGGUCAGUGGAAUAUGUGCAAAUGAAUCAUGAUACGGAUCACAACGGAGACCAAGGAGACCAAGGAGACCACUGUGACCAUGCUAGCCAGGGAGAACACACUGUCCAGGAUUGCUAUCACGACAAGGUUGACAACACUGCAGAUGUAAACAUAGCUGGAAAUGAGUAAAAGCCAGACUGGUAACUGACCAACAAGAAUGUUUAUUCUCUUCUUUAUCUGGGUUGUCUAGGUCGCAUUCACGUAGACUGUUACUCUGCACAAAAACACACAGUUCAUGUCAUUCAUUAGAGUCAGAGAAGUGUGUAGACACAGUAGGGGGGGGCAUCAUUUUAAAGGAGGUGGUCAGUGAUGCAAAAAUUUGAUUCAAGUUGUUCUGCAAUGCAACAUGACAUUGUCUUGCUUGAGACUGCAUUGGUCUGUCACAUAUAUGCAAGAGAUGGUGCUCUGAUAACAUUCCACAGUUGGGAGUGCUACAAAGCACUGUGCCAUGUUUUUGGCCUGCGAUAAGCUUUAAUAAUAAAUCUGUUUCUCCAGCUGCACUUCCCAGAUCGUAUUUCAUUGUCUCACCGGUACAUGAAGCGACACCAAUGCAACCCCUUGUGUUGCUUUUACACAGGACAGGAGUCUGUGUGAAUCCAGCCUAAUGCAGCUGGAGCCUUUUGUGCUGAAAGACCUUGAACGGCCAGAAGCACUAAUGAUCGUUUUUAAAUUUUUGUAACGCUUUGCGAAGAACAUUCCACGCUGUAAAUUCACUGGCUUUGCCACUGAAGGGCAAAUAAAAUGUUUUUACUAAGUGCUUCUUUCCUUCACUGCUGGUUUUCUUGCCAAACCACAGACAGGGGAUGUGUGUUGUGACCACGAAGGAAAAUACAUUCAAACUCUGUCCUUCCACUGGCGGCAGAAAACAACAAGAAGAAAGGCCUUUUAGGUCAUCAAAGUAGUGGGAUUAUUCUACAGUGGUAUGACUGGGAGUGCAUUCAGCAAGCUCCUCUUCAUGUGUGAGAACCAGUGCCUUCUAUUUAAACCACUAGAGGGCGGUACUGCAUUGAAACCUAAGCCCCUUUUCCAUCGUCUGGUACCGGCUCAACUCGACUCAACUCUGCUCAGCUCUACUCGGCUUUGGUACUAGGUGAUGGAAAAGCAAAUAAGGCGAGUAGAGUCUAGUCGAGUAGAGUCUAGUCAAGUAGAGUCUAGUCAAGUUGAGCCAGUACCAUGCGUUGGAAAAAGGGCUUUAGUGCCAUCUGGCCGUGAGCUCUUUGAAUGUGACCAGGACGUUCACUGUGUUGUCCAUCAGCAUCAGGAAAUACUGGUUUCAUUUUCCAGUUUGUAAAGCUUCAAAGAAUGCUGUAAGGUGUGCAUCGCUUGAGGUGUGACAUGUCUUUGUGCAGCACAAUGAAUACAAGACAGAGGAGGGCACAUUGUACUGGUGUAAGUGAUUUAACUGGUUUUAAACAAGACUGACACAUUGCAUCCAAGGUCAGAAGACUUUCUCUGGCUCAAGAUUCUGAUUAUUUUUCUUGAAUUAGUUAUUUAAUAAUUAGUCUAUAAAAUGUCAUAAAAUAGUCACAGUGUUCCAGACCCUCAUUCAGAUUAAUGGGUUUGUUUCACCAACAAUACAAACCCAAACAUAGAGUAUUUACAGAGAUUUAAAACAAAGUAAAGCCUCACAUUUAACAAACCAGAACAAGGGCAUAUUCAUGAUUCAGCUUUAAAAAUGAUUUAAUUGAUUAACCAGCCAGCUAAUGAUUACGUGACUUCUGGACUAUAACACUAUCAAUACAUAUAUUGGACGUGUCGACCCCUUAAACUGCAGCAUUAAGCUACAGCAGUACUGUCAGUUAUUUCCGAGUGAGCUUAAAGCACUGAAAUGUCUGUGACUGUUCUUUGUGUUUUACUUAAGAACUGUUCCAAAUUAUUGUGAUUGAUUAUAUGAUGGCAUUAUGAAAAAGUAUUACAACGAUCCCUUCAGUAUGUGCUUUAGCGUACAACUGUUUUACUAAACCAACCAUUGUAAAUGCACUGUGCAGACCAAAGGGCUGAGGACGCCUCACUGAGAUGACCUCUGUGUCGGUUAAUUAGAAGUUCUGAAAUAUGUCCUAGUGGCAGAGAGCAGAAACUGAGUCAGGGGUCAUCUCUCAUCUCUCUCCCCUUAUUUUAUGUCACUGACA